AAUUACUACCCUCGUUUCCUCCGCCUUCUCCUCGGUUUCUUCUCUCUUUGAUGAUAUCGCUCUCCCUCCCCCUUCUUUUCCUUCCUCUCUCACUCUCUGUCAGACUCAGAACUAAAGUAACAAAAUGAAUAGCGCUUCUUGUGCAGCCAAGAUCAGUACGCAGCCUUUCUCUCUCAAUCCCACUUCCCCUACAUCUCACGACAGACCCCUCGUUUCCCCCAAACCCACCUCCCUUUUCCUCGGAUCUACCCGCAAACUCCGCCUCAGUUCUUCUUCCAAAUUGAACCUCCACCGUCGAUCCGGGACUGUCGUUGCCGUCUCCGAUGUUGUUAAGCAAAAGAAAUCCAAGUCCACCCACAGUCUCCUAAUUACGAAAGAGGAAGGAUUGGAAUUAUACGAAGAUAUGAUACUAGGAAGAGCAUUUGAAGAUAUGUGUGCUCAGAUGUAUUACAGAGGCAAAAUGUUUGGUUUUGUUCAUCUUUACAACGGCCAAGAAGCUGUUUCAACUGGUUUUAUUAAGCUCUUAAAGCAGCAAGAUUCUGUCGUAAGCACAUACCGUGAUCACGUGCACGCCUUGAGCAAAGGAGUCCCCGCACGCGCCGUCAUGAGUGAGCUCUUCGGUAAGACCACCGGCUGCUGCCGCGGCCAAGGUGGGUCGAUGCAUAUGUUCUCUAGGGAACACAAUCUGCUAGGGGGGUUUGCUUUUAUUGGUGAAGGAAUUCCCGUUGCCACGGGGGCGGCUUUUACCUCCAAAUAUAAGAGGGAGGUUCUAAAAGAGGCGGAUUGUGAUCAUGUUACCUUGGCGUUUUUCGGCGAUGGAACUUGUAACAAUGGGCAGUUCUUUGAGUGUUUGAAUAUGGCGGCCUUGUGGAAGUUGCCCAUUGUGUUUGUGGUUGAGAACAAUUUGUGGGCUAUUGGGAUGUCUCAUUUGAGGGCUACGUCUGAUCCUCAGAUUUAUAAGAAAGGACCUGCCUUUGGGAUGCCUGGCAUCCAUGUGGAUGGAAUGGAUGUUUUGAAGGUGAGGGAAGUGGCUAAGGACGCAAUUGGUCGGGCUAGGAGAGGAGAGGGUCCAACGUUGGUCGAAUGCGAGACAUACAGGUUUAGAGGACACUCAUUGGCUGACCCCGACGAGCUUCGUGACCCUGCUGAGAAAGCUCACUAUGCUGCAAGAGAUCCCAUCACAGCCCUGAAGAAAUACCUCAUUGAGAACAGUCUGGCCAGUGAAGCAGAUUUAAAGGCUAUAGAUAAGAAGAUAGAUGAAGUGGUAGAGGAUGCUGUUGAGUUUGCGGAUGAAAGCCCCGUUCCUUCUCAGAGUCAGCUGCUCGAAAAUGUCUUUGCCGAUCCAAAAGGUUUUGGAAUCGGACCAGAUGGUCGAUAUAGAUGUGAGGAUCCAAAAUUCACUGAAGGCACUGCUCAUGUCUAAGCUUUCAAAGGACAGUAACCAAACCAUUUAUGCACACAUUUUGUUCUUACUUGAUCUCAUAUAUUUAGUUCAUGAUAGCAAUUUCCGGUUUCUUUUGUUUCAUUGGUUCUUGUGUAACAAGUAUACGUUCCUUAUGCUAUCUGUCUAUUUAAAAUUCUGGUUUCUUUAUUUAA